AUGGCGGAAUUCAUCAGUCUCACCUUCCCGAAUGCCUCUACUGAGAUCAAUCCCAUCCCCAACGCUUCUAUUGAUCCAGAGUAUCUCGUUCGCUACGCUCGCAACCUUGAUGAUUACGGUUACAACUACACGCUGGUUCCCUACGGCUCCGCAUUUUAUGAUCCAUUCACCAUUGGAGCCACCAUUUUGGCAGUGACCAAGAACAUCAAGGUCAUCAUUGCUCUGCGACCCAACACACUGUACCCCACAGUCGCAGCAAAAGCGCUAGCUACACUCGACCAGCUGAGCCGCGGUCGUGUCGUUGUUCACUUUAUCGCAGGUGGAAGUGACGCAGAGCAGGCCAAGGAAGGUGACUUCCUGAGCAAGGAUGAGCGCUACGGCCGCCUUGAAGAUUAUAUUAAGAUUCUCCGUCGUGCAUGGGAGUCCGCGGAGCCCUUUGACUGGGACAGCAAAUACUACACCUUCAAGCAAUUCAGCAACCAAGUACGACUCACCGGUGCCUCAAUUCCAGUUUCAGUUGGCGGCUCAUCCCCCGAAGCGUACCGCAUUGGAGGCUCCCUUGCUGAUAUCUUUGGACUUUGGGGUGAACCUUUGAAGGAAACCAAGGAACAAAUUGAUCGCAUCUAUGCUGAGGCAGCAAAGGCCGGUCGCCCAGAGUCCGACAGACCUCGCAUCUGGGUGACCUUCCGUCCUAUUGUCGCAGAGACCGAGGAUCUCGCCUGGGCCAAAGCACACCGAACCCUCGAUGCCCUGAAUGCCAACCGAGCGAACGGUCAAAGCAGAGUCCCUGCGAAUGCGCCUACCCCACAGAACGUUGGCUCUCAGCGUCUUCUUGAUAUUGCCACUCGUGGAGAGGUCCAGGACCGCGCACUUUGGUACCCUACUGUUACCGCAACAAAUGCUCAGGGUGCAUCUACUGCCCUUGUUGGAUCAGUGCAGACUAUUGUCGAUUCUCUUGUUGACUACGUUGAUCUUGGCGCAGACCUCAUCUCCAUCCGAGGCUAUGAUAAUCUUAAUGAUGCCAUUGAUUAUGGACGAUUUGUUCUUCCCAAAGUUCGGGAAACGCUGAAGGAACGGGAGAAUGAUGCUUCAAAAUAA